AAAUGUAGAGAAUAUCGCCAUUUCAAAGAUUUGAGCUGAGCAGAUAAGAAAAAAAAUUAUUGGCAUUACUGUAAUAAGGAUUGGUCGAAAAGGUUGAGUUUAUCUUUUUGUACCUAAGAUUAAAGUUUAGUCAAAUGUCUACGCAAACUAGAAACUCAAAAGGGAAUUUAACUAGUGAUUCUCAUUCUCAAGCUAACCAUUUAAAAGUAUACCAUAUACAACCCAUAGUUACCGAUACUCCUUUGUCACCAAGAACUGCUAAGUGGAUAAAAGAAUUAACUCCAGUACUUGAGCCAUAUAAUUUUGAUGUAGGUGAAAUAUCGGAUCUUAUACGCAGGUGUCACUACGAUGCAAACCAAAUUGAAUUAGCUGUAAGUAAUGUGAUUGAGGACUUUAGUGGACGUGAAUCUGGACAAUGGACUAAAGUUGGCAAAAAUAGGUCAGUGAACUCUAAUAACUUUUCGAAGAAACCUAAGGGACCUUCAUCUAAUACAUUGAUAAGGAAUGAGAAGAUGUGUCCAAAUAAAGGUAACAAACAACAUAAAUCUAAGUCCGGGAUAUCUAUAUCACAUAGUACACAUGUUGAUGAGAAGAAUUCUCAAGUAUUGAAUAAUGAGAUACAUAAGAAGAUACAGCAAACUAGCCAAUCAAGUUUACAAAAAUCUCCUAACAAGCAAAGUGGUAGUAUACAGUCAACUGAGAAAAUAGCUACAACUUUAACUCCUACAAAUUCAAACACUAGUUGGGCUCAGCUAGCCUGUAGAAAUAAUAAAUAUGCAACAUCUAACAAAGAGUCACUUGUCUUGAACACAGUAGAUGAAACAUGUGUAUCUUUAAAGGACAUAGUUUCUAAAAAUGUAGUAAAGGAGUCUCCAGAGAGUAGUCGUUCUAAAGAAACUACUAAUACAGCUACAACUGCUGGUACCACAACAAAGAUAAUGAUGAAUAACCAACAUCCAACUGAGCUCUCAAGGGGUAAAGCGAUAGUAGAGCAUUCUGGUGUUGAACUAGGUAUUAAGGUUGGGAGCCGUAACUCUGUAUCUGCUGGUAUUCAAAUUGGUGGUAUGGAAUCCUUAUCACCUCAGAAUUAUAACUUAGGCGUCUACCUACCAGAAGGUAGGACAGUUGAUCCUAAUGCUAGUGAAGGUUUAUUAUUUGGAAGUUUUGGAGCUGUAGAUAUAAGUAAGCAACCAGUAGAGGAGCAGCCAGUACCUGGGGUUCCUGAAUCUCCUGUAAUCUCCAACUCUUCAGCACCUUUAUUAGAUAGCUGGACAUAUAACUCAUCAAAGGUAAUGGCCAAUACACAAUCUGAUUCAAAUAAUACACAGAAUAACAGGAAUUCAAUACCUUCAAAUGUAAAAAGUAAUCCCAAUUACAUAACACAAGUGCCAAUAACUAACCAGCAACAAAGUGGAACAAAUGUAGCUACUAUUUUUAAUGGAAUUGCAGCUCCUCCAGGAUUAAAUAAUGCAACAGCUGGGAGUUCUUUGGUUAAUUCUAAUUUAAUGGUUUCAUCCAGUGCAAGUACAGGGAAUAUAACUAACAGUACAUAUAAUUCUAGUAUGGGUGCUUCAGUAGCACCUCAACCCUCAAAUGGGACCUCUAAUGCUAGCAAUAACUCUAAUAUAGCUAUAGCUGCGGCAGCAGCAGCAGCUGCUGCUGCUGCAACUCCUUAUAACUAUGCUUAUCUUAAUUAUGCGAGCUAUGCGACUAACUUUCCCUAUAUGGUUGGAGGUACUGCAACAUUUAGUUUCCCUCCAUAUGGUUCUAAACCAACUGCUCAUCCUCCUAUGUUUAGUCAAUAUACGCAACCAAAUCCCAAUCAUCAACACCAUCCAGCUGGAAUAUAUGGAAUUAGCCCAAAUUAUGAUUCUUCAAGUAGUAACAAUUUAGCACCCUCAGCUACUACAACGGGUUUGAUAAGUGAGGGAGGUACAUAUCAUCAUCAUAUUUCAACUCAAACUUCUGUUCCAGGUGGUUCAACCUUGGUAUCAAGUAAUUCGAACUCAUAUAACAAUAUUCCACCCAUUGCAUCCCCAGGAAUAACUCAACCAAUUGCUGUUGCUACUCAAAAUAAUAACUCUAUGCCUCAGGCUAUGAGUCUACCAAUAAAUUUUGCAACUAACUCUAACGAUUUUGCAGUUGAUCAGCCCAUACCACAUGGUGUAUUUUUAGGUCAAAACCAACGCUCUGAUCACGUAGGUAAUAUACUACCAAAUCAUCCUAGUGAUUUUACUCAUCCUGGAUACAGUCCACUUCAAAUGAAUCACUUUCAGGCAGCUGCAACUUAUGGUGGGAAGUCAAUGGCUAACACAUCCAGUACAAUCAUUAGUCAAUCUGUACCAACUCCACCUAUCGACUUGAAUACCUCUACUGUUGGUACAAAUGGUAGUACACCUGGGAAUAGUAACGGCACAAUGUUCUUAUCUAAUAGAGCUACAAACAAUCCAAAUAAUCCGGUAGUAGUUGGAAAUAAUCAAACGCAAAGUGCUGCAGCUAACGGUACUCCUCAACAAGCUGGCAAACCAGUCAAUUUCUCAAGUUUUCAUUCAAAUAGGACAAAUAAUCCUUCGUUUCUACCACACCAUAAUCCAGUGUGGAACAAUAGUUAGUCCAGUGGUAAAAAGGAAUAACCUUUUAUAACUUAUGGGUGACUAAUACUGUAGAUAUAUAAACAGGCGAUAAAGGAUUAUUUUUACUGAAUUGUGGGUAAAAAUAGUGCAUAAGUAUGAAAUAUUAUUUAGCUAUUCAUGGUUUUGUAAGGCUUUUAAGAUCUUCACAAUACCUAUAACUAAAUUUAUCACUAUCUUGGAGCCUUCUCAGUAGAAAUCUAAUUUAAAGUGUGUAACUUGUGAGAAUUUCAGGAUCUAAGUGUAUAACAGAACUAUAAUUUUCCAGAUGAUGAGUCUUUUAUAAAACAUAUGCUGACUUGGUUUUAUGAAUGCAACCACAACUACUAGGAUAAUAAUAGUGAAAACAAAGCAAUUAAGGAUUAGCAAUUUUAUCCAUUGGCUAAUUGAACAAAAUCUAUUCUAGAACACUUGGACAGUUCUAUUUUCAUUAGGUUUAUGAGAAAUGUCUUAAUUGCCUGAAAUUUUGUUGAAUAUCACUAGA